AUGGCUUUAUUGGAGAAGGAGAAAGAUGCCCUUUCAAUUGAAGCUAAUCGUGCAUCUCAUUUUGGUAUUUCCGCCUGGGUUCAAAAUACCCCCGAACCGGGGGAAGAAGGAAAUUCGCAGCCUUCUCAGGGAGUCGGGCAGCGGCUUCCUGGUUCGCCGCUCGAAAUCUCUUCCCCGGGCAUAAGCGGGGAGUCUCUCUUUAGAGACUCGGUGGAACAGCCCGGGGGGGAGCCCGCCCCUUCUGAGGCUGCGCCGCCCGCGAAUCCAGGAGGUUCCCGGGAAGCUGUACCGCCCGCGAAUCCAGCGGGUUCCCAGGAAGCUGGGCCGUCCAACCAAGGCCCCGCUCCCUAUCCGUAUCAACCAGAUCAGGUGAUAGGGGGCGAUAGUGUCGAGACCAUAAAGAGGCGACUCUUGUCGGGGCACGAGGCUGACCUACGAGGUCUGCGAAGAUUCUCGGGGAAAUGUCACGCCUCGACCCAGAAGGGCCUUGGUUGGAACGCGGUGCUCGGGCGCUCGAUAACCCCCGGGGGAGGAGUCCCUCGAGAGGCUUUUCGCGAUAUUGGACGCACUCCGGGAGGGCGGACGCCAGUCGGAGGCGUUCGCUAA